AUGAAUGAUAAUUCAUGCCAGAGCAAUCCAAUAAAUGUAUUACUUAAAACUAACGAUACUAAUAAUAGGGGUUUUUCAUUACAUAAUUCUCCGCUGACGAACACUCAGGCCAAUAAUAAAGGUUAUAGUUUUAAGCGUAAACAAAGAGAUAAUUCUCUAGAGGUCAAAUUCUGGGGACAAAAGAAAAGAAAUCUAAAUUUUCAAGAUGGAAGAAUUCCAAUCGAUCUUGAAAAUAUUCCAUUACCCCAACGAAAUUAUGAUGUAUCUAUUUCAAAGAACCAACAAGAACAAAGACCACGUUCUGAUAAUCAUCAGAGAUGGAUAGAAGAUUUUAAUAAUUUGAGUUUGGAUCGUAAACAAUCAAGUUUUAAAGAAACUCUGAUAAAUCCAGAUUAUAUAGUGAAUUUCAAACAAUCAUAUAACACCAAUAACAAUGGACAUUAUCUAUACUCAAAUCAACGGUAUAAUCCCUCGCAGAAAUAUAAAAGCAUACCUGUACAUAUACCUUCUCAAUCGCCAAUUGCCGCUACUAAUACCGCCACCAAUAUCCCAACUAAUAACCCCCCUAAUAAUGACAAUCUUAAUAAUGAACCUUUGAUUGUUCAAGAAAAUAUUCUAUUAAAAUACCCUGACGAUGAAAUGAAACAAAUUGCGCAAGAAAUUUUAAAUAAUCAUGACCAAACUUCUUCUAAUGAAACUAAUGAAUUAUCUCAUGCAUUAAAUAAUACUAAUUUUUUCAAAUAUUUAGGCCAACUAACAAACAAAGAAAAGGAGAAUUGA